AAGGAGCAGCAAGCUACGGGGUGACGCAUACAACGUCUCUAUUACCGAGCGCGACUGGCCUUAAUCCCUUUUUAAGGGAUCAUUCAACAAUAAGAAGAUCUUGUCGAAUUAAACGAAGCCACAUCCCAAUACCCCGUCACAUUUUUGAGCCCACGUGUGUUUUUGUGACGUAAUCAUCGAGCGUCGCGGUGUCCAAGCCACUAUGGCGGUUGCACAUUCGUUUUGUGCUUGACGACUCCGAGUUUUUUCAUUGAAUAGUCGCUCACCUCAGAGCGAUAAAGAGUUUCUGACUUUUUAAACGAGGGUCCCACUCAGAGAUUCCAAGACGUUAGAAGAAGUGGUCCAAGUAGAGAAAGGCAGACUCGGAGAAGCAGAGAAUUCUACAUUGAAUGUAAAUGUGCAUUUAGCAGAUGCCAUGGAGCCAAUAACAGGUCAAGUCAAGAAAGAGGAAUGUGAGCAGGAACCUCUCCCUCUUGCCCAGAUGGCGCUCCUCGUGAAGCAGGAAGAUCCUGAGCAGAGAAUUUCUGAUGCUGAAGAUGAGGAUUUGGGGCAGCAGUUUCACAGCCUGAAAAAGCAGCCUUCCGAACAAGUGUGUAUCAAGUUAGAAGGUCUAGCUGAUAAAUAUGUCCACACUCUAAACAGAGACGUGUCUUCGAAGAGUGACUUUAGUUUAAUUCAGUGUCCAAAUGUGAAAAAAGAGAUGAGUGAAAAAAGAGAUGGGUCAAUUCAGAUCACAGAAUGCCUGUCACAGGGUCCUUCUGUCCAUGUGAAGCCCAAAAUACGGGAUGACAAGUUGAUCACGGACAUACCAUACAAGGCAGAGGAGGAAAAUGAGCCAUCAUUGGCUGAGCACCCUGGAAAAUAUUUUCAUGAAGCCAGCAGCAUUUCUCAGCUUGCCACUCAAUCUCUUGAAAAUAACAGAAAACGCUUAUUCAUGUCAGAUGCUAAGAAUUCACCCUCUCCAGAAAACUGCAGUGGUCCUGUUGAGACGCACCAAAGAACCCGCGCCGAAGUGUUGGAAUCAGCCAGCCUUCAGGAAGAGCCAAGUGUUGACGAUGAAGACAAGCUGCAUUGCUCUUUACCAUGUCGUAAACAGUUUCCCUUUGUGGGCUCCGAAUGCGACAAAGAAUUUUUAAACCGAAACCACGCCGGAGAGAAGCCGCACUGCUGUUUUGAAUGCAAGAAGCAAUUCUCCCACUUAAACAGCCUUCAGAUUCACUUAAGAAUUCACACCGGAGAGAAGCCAUUUUGCUGUGCCGAAUGUGGCAAGCGAUUUUUUAACAAAAGAAGUCUUCAGGCACACGAGCGGAUUCACAAAGGAGAGAAGUCGCAUUGCUGUUCUGAAUGUGGCAAAGGAUAUUUACACUUGAGCGGCCUGAGAAAACACAAGAAGACUCACGGUGCUACGCUGUAUGUCUGUUCUGAAUGUGGUAGAAAAUUCAAACAGCAAAGUAGUUUUCAGAUGCACAUGAGCAUUCACACGGGCAAGAAGCUGUACCGCUGUUGUGAAUGUGGUAAACAGUUCUUAUUACACGCAGAUCUUCAGCGACACCAGGUAAUUCAUGCUGGAGAGCAGCCAUUUUCUUGUGUGGAAUGUGGCAAACAGUUUUCAUGCAAAAGUAAUCUGGGUGCACACAUGAAAAUUCACACAGGAGAAAAGCCAUACUGUUGUUCAGAAUGUGGUAAACGAUUCUUAUUUCUUAAUGGUCUUAAGAGACAUUCAGCAAUCCACACUGGGGAGAAGCCGUAUAGCUGUACUGAAUGUGACAAGCGAUUCUCACGGCCAAGCAACCUUCAGAGACACAUGGGGGUUCAUACCAGACCAAAGUCGUAUUGUUGUUCUGAAUGCAACAUGCAGUUUAUGGACAAAAACAGUCUCCAGGUACACAAGAGAAGUCACCCCAGAAAGAAGGUGCACUGCUGUUCAGAAUGUGGCAAAGGAUUCUCCCAACUGAGUGGCCUCAAAACACAUAACCUGACUCAUUCUGGAGAGAAGCCGUUUAACUGCUCUGAAUGUGGGAAGAGAUUCAGACAACUGGGUUCUCUCCAGACUCACAAGAAAGUGCAUACCGGAGAGAAGCCUCAUGGCUGUUCAGAAUGUGGCAAACGAUUCUCCCUACUAAAGGGUCUGAAAAGACACAGGAGAAUCCACACUGGAGAAAAGCCAUACUGCUGUUCAGAAUGUGGCAGACGAGUCUCGCGUUUAAGCUCUCUUCGGAUCCACAUGAGGAUUCACACUGGAGAGAAGCCAUACUCCUGUUCCGAGUGUGGGAAGCGAUUUUCAGAACCAGCAAGUGUUAAGAAACACAUGAGAGUUCACACUGGGGAGAAGCUUUACAGCUGUUUUGAGUGCGGGAAGCGAUUCUCACACCUGAAGAAUGUUCAGAGACAUAUGAAACUUCAUACCUCAACACAGCAGAUCCAUAACAGCUCUCAUUAGGUUGAAACUCCUUAAAUAGCUUGACAGAAGAUCAAAACCUACUUCACCAACCUGUCGCCUCUGCAUUAUAGGAGAUUACGGCGAUAAACACACUCCAGCAUCUUUAGAAUCACUUUAAUUGUGAACACAGAUGACGUUCAGAUCACUCCAGCCCAAAACAAAGUGACCACAAAAUAACAUCCAAGGUUAAACAAUGAAGAGAGCCUGAUACAUUCGUCCAGUGGGCCUCAGAAAAUAAGCAAGAGAUCAUGCACGGCCAUUUUAUACAACUCACCCUGGCAUCGUGCUCAUUGGAUAUAAUAAAAGGGCUCCUUCCAGAGUUAAGCUUAUCUUUGCCUU